AUGAAGCUGAAAUCUGGGUGUUCUCUGCAGCAUCUCCGUUUAGAUCAAGAACACUGCUUGUUGUCUGUAAGAAAUACUGCAGCACUGGCAGAUUAUUUCCAGCUCCUGGAUGUUCAUCAAAAGGAUUACCUGACCAAUCUGCAGUUUUAUUGCUUUCUCUGUUAUGUGACUGACCAGAUCAUGCUGCUGUUUGACUUGCUGAACUGAAAUGUGAGGGGGAAGGUUUGCUUUAAUGAGCUCUACAUGGUGGUGUGCAUCCUCCUGUCCCAUGAGAACCAUCUUGAACAGCAGUUCAUCCACCGGCACGCAGGACCUGCCUUUCCACUGCUGAAUGUAGAUGGGGAUAAUAUGAUUGAUUUUCAUAUGUUUGAAGCCACAGGGUUUCUCUUCAACAUCCAGAAAGAACAACUUAAGAAGGUAUUCAAGGUCUUGGAUAUUUCCGGAGCUGAGCAACUGAACUAUGGGGAAUUCAGGAUGUUUGCAGUCUUCUGA